AUGUCAGCAGCCCACAACGCGGCAACCUACGCAGACUGCGUCGCCUCCCUCCGCAACUCCCUCACCUACCUCGAAUCCUCCGUCUCGACCCUCGACGCCGGCGUCUCCGACCUGCCCCGCGUCGCCUCCGUCCUCCGCCCGACCCGCCACUUCGAGCUCAUCCCCCAACCCACCCUCGCCGCCGCCGAGGCCUCCCUCCGCGACGAGAUCGGCCCCUACGUCGCCCUCCUCCUCGACCGCGCCGACGCCCAGAUCGCCCGCCGCGAGAGGCGCAUCGAGACCCUCAAGGCCCGCGCCGAGCUGCUCCAGGGCCGGCUGUCGCAGUCUAACGAAGACGACGACGGGUACGGGAGCGGCAGGAAGGGCAAGGGGGUCGCCGCCGGCGGUAAGAAGAAGAACGCUCUGGGCGGGGAAAGUGCCUUGAGAGCCAGGGCUGUGAGGCAGAGGAGGGAGGGGCUGGAGUAUCGCGUCGAGCGGCUCGAGUUGGAGCUCCUGGCCAAGGAGAGGGAGUUGAUGAAGAGGCUGGGCAAGGCGUGA